GACAUACAUCAACUAGAAGGCGAAGGUGACCGGCUACUAAUGCACAGCUUGAAUCAGCAGGUCUUUGUCACCAGCCCAGAUUGCAUGAGCUUUGCAUAUGUGACGAGUACAAUCAUGAAUUUCAUAGAGGUAUUGACAUAGAGUUCAAAGCUCCGAGAUCUAUCCCGAACAUCAUGGUCCCGCAUUCAGCCUCCGAGAGUUAGUUUCUGCGUGCAAAUUUGCCCUCUUGUGCAUGUAAUGGACCUUACAAAUUACGGAGACGGAGACCUCGGAGGAGAAUGGAGAAGAAGGAAGCGGAAGUCGACAGAUUCCAGCUCAGCUAUGAUUUACGAGAGAAGUUGUUACAAACACUUGGUAGCGAUAGCGAUCUUUCGAUCCUGACGGCGUUGCUACAUAAACUCCCAGUGCUCAAGGACGCCUAUGUGGACGUAGACCUCAAGGUGAAGAUUUUGCACGUUGCAGCCUGGGCAGGAGACGUGGAUAUCGUCCGGAACCUCAAGACCGUGAAGGCGGAUCCGACUGCAAAGACGGAAGGUGGGUACACUGCACUGCAUCUGGCUGCAUCCAGGGGCCAUUGUCCCGUUAUUGUAGAACUGCAAUGGUGGCUGGGACGUAAGCUUCCUGUCAAAGACGACACUUCCGAGGAUGGUUUCACGUCGUUGCACUUGGCAGCUUGCUCUGGUAACGCUGAAGCCGUGAGAUUGCUUCUGAAAAUAUAUGAAGAUGUGGAGAAUGCUGUCAAGGCCAAAGAUAAGUUGUUUGGCAGGAACGUCCUGCAUUUUGCUAUUGCCCGAGGACAUGCCGACGUCGUCCGGGUGCUGUUCGACUCUGAAGUCCCACUGGAUUUUGUCUCCAAAGACAGAGCGAGGGGCUGGACGCCAUUUCUCCUGUCUGCAUGGCAGCGUAAGGGUUUUCACGUAACGCUAAAUGGGUAUAAUAUCAAAUCCAUGGACAUGUUGCUGGAAGAUAAUUCCCGUCAGAUCAAUGACCGCGUUGGGGUUUUGGCUAUUGACUUUCAAGAUAAGGAUAGUAAAUGUUCGGUAAAUGUGGAAGCGAUCAGUAAACGGAUGUCAAAGUUUUUCAUACAGCAUUUGAGUCUCCUCCUGCAGAAUUCAAAGGAUGGGACGUUCGAUGGGAGUGUGAAGCGCAUUUCAGUAUACGAUAACGAAGUGAACGAGAAUGAAUGGGACCAGUAUCAAAAGUUCAAGGUUCCUAUGGAUGGGCACACUGCAUUGCAUCUGGCUGCUACUCAGAACAAUCAUGAGCUUGUGACAUACCUUAUCCAAUCUAAGGGUAUACAGUUGAAUGUAGGCGAACCCCUCUUUGGUAUGACUCCUCUCCAUUGCACGAUCAGAACGGGAGCUAUGGAGGCUUUCAAAAUGCUGAUCUCAGUUAAAGAGGUGGAUGUCUGCGCGAAAGUGGUGACGGAAGGUAAGUGCCAUCUUCCAUCCUGGCUGUCACAAAAUUCGACUUCGAGCGAAAAAAAAGGUCGUGAGCUUGAUUUCGCGAAAAAGAAAAAGGUUUGACACUCCACUGCAUUUGGCCACUCGCAUGUGUAAAGCCUCCGAUCUUCUGGAGAUGCUGGUUGAAUUCGGUAGUCACCCCAAUUUCGAUCCGGCCGCUUACAACGACACUAGUCUAGUUCCAUUGGAUAUAGCAUGGGAAAGGUACAGAUAUUGGGCCAAGAAAAGAUCGAAACCCAAUCGCACAAAAGAAAAUAAGAUUCUCGACGUGGUUUUGACCAUGCUGGAAAAACAUCCCCGGAAUGCCUUGAUAAUGACUGCCUUAAAUGAAAAAAGGAAGGCAGUUCAAGAUUCUGUCAACACAUUUCUGGUGGCGGCCACUUUCAUUGCAGGCGUGACCUUCGCAGCGUACCUGCAGCCUCCGUUCGGCACGAAUGUGGGAGACUUCAGAAGCAGGCCGGCGAGAUUGUUCUGGAUUUGCAACAGCGUAUCCUUCUAUUCUGCUGUCUACACGAUACUCCGCUGUCUGAUGUGCAUUAUGCGUAGUGACAAGCGCUCAGAGAACGCCUGGGAAAAGACUCUGCUCGUGGCUUUGAUUCGGCUACAGAACGGUUUCCCUCUCACGGUGAGUGUAGGUUUCGGAGUCGGAGCAUUUGUGGCAGCAGGGUUUGGGAACUUGCCGCCAGACAGUCAGCUCUUGAUGCUGGCUUGCACCAUCAGCGGAGUUGCUCUCGUUGGAUUCCAGCUGCUGACAAAUCUCUACGUAUUCUGCAGUCUUAUGAUUGACGAGUUUCCAGACGGCAAAAGGCGAGAUUCAAUCUUCAGCGUAUGUUGGAUCCUUGGAGGACCGCUGUCACUUGUUUAUCUGUGGCUUCCGGAGUCCAUCAGGAAUAGUGCGAAGCUUCCUCGGCUACUAUUCUAUCCGGAUGUUAGUUACAAUGUAGUUUUCCUAGUUCUGCAGUUAUAUGGAGUAGUGACAGUGGUAACCUAUUGUUUGAUAGAGAUUUUUUUAGAUGGACAUAUUCUUUAAUUUCUGUCACGAGAAUGAGACUUGAUUGAGAGGAAACGGCUGUGGUAACAUAUCACAGUAGUACAACUGCUAGAAAGAAACAAGUCAAGCCUGGACAAUUGCAGUGCAUGAGAGUACGAGAAUCACUGGGCCAAUAGUAUACCUACUCAGGGUAGCAACUUCCAGGGAAAUGGCCAAUUUCUCUUUUUGUCAGCAAAUCUCACUUUAGAAGUGUUUUAAUUGCAAGCCUUCCAUCAUCACAGUGCCACC